UUGACAUGUUGCUUUCUUCAGUUUGUGUUGGUUGAUAUGCUGGUUCACUUACGUUUAGUUAUUUUUUUAGUGCAACAUUUGUGUUUUUAAUUUAAUUUAGUUAACUCAUAAGUAGCCGUUUACCAAGUUUUUUUACUGAAGUGCCACAAAUUCUGUGUUUUCUUAAUUUUAUACGACUGGAUGGAUUUGUCUUCCUUAUCAUGCACAAACAGGAUGGGCGCAGUUUUAUAACUUUUCAACAACGCUAAAUGACUUUCGUCAAACUCAAACAAAAUGUUACAUUUGGUGUUAUUACUUCCAUUUUUAAUUAGCCCUUUAGCAGCCCUUUUAGAAGGUCCCAAUGUAUGCACGACGCAAGAGUCGUAUACGACGACUGUUCGAGUUUCGGAACAACAACCAUAUCAAGUGAGAGAAUACGUGUGGUGUCUGAAUGUUCCACCCAGAUGUUCAAAGUACAAAAUCAAGUUCAAAACCGUGUACAAAACACAAAAUUUAGUUAAAUUUAGACCGGUGGAUGAAUGCUGCAAAGGAUACACGAAAAGCAGCUCGGAGGAUAGGUGUAUACCGGUGUGUUCGCAUGACUGUGUUCAUGGAACAUGUACAGCACCCGAACAGUGUCUUUGUGAGAGCGGCUACGGGGGACCUUACUGUGAUAUUACAUGCCCCAAAGGCUUAUGGGGUCGCGAGUGCCAAAACCACUGCGAAUGCCAGAAUAACUCCACGUGCGACCCGUUUGAUGGAACAUGUCGUUGCGCUCGUGGUUGGAUCGGCACACAUUGCGAAAUGAAAUGUCAUAAAGGUAGCUACGGUCAAGACUGUGCGGAGAAAUGUAGGUGUGUUCACGGCGAAUGUGAUCACGUCUCGGGGGAAUGUCGUUGCAGCUCUGGCUGGACAGGACCACUUUGCGACGACUCUUGUCCUCUCGGCAAACACGGAAGCGAAUGCAAGUCGGAAUGUCGGUGCCAGAACGACGGAACUUGCGAUCCCGAAACGGGUCAAUGUUUCUGCAAACCGGGCUGGACUGGCCCCGUUUGCGCAAACAGGUGUCCUUUCGGGUUCUGGGGCGAAAAUUGCGCCCAGCCUUGCGGGUGCUACAACGGCGCUUCCUGCCAUCAUGUCACUGGGGAGUGCGAGUGUCAACCUGGCUUUACAGGGGACAAGUGCUUGGAUACUUGUCCGGAGGGAACGUGGGGCUUGAACUGUAGUGAGGCUUGUGCCUGUCAGAAUGGGGCUAAAUGCUCGAAUUUAAACGGACAGUGUGCGUGUUCGCACGGGUGGGAAGGCAAGUUUUGCGAGGCUAGGGCUUGUCCUGACGAUUUUUGGGGCUACAAGUGCAAAAAUCCCUGCCAGUGCAAUCGCGACAACACGGAAAUGUGUCAUCCGUGGACGGGGGAAUGUAUUUGCAAGGCUGGGUGGAAUAGUAAGGAUUGUUCCAGACCGUGUCCUUUACUUACUUACGGUAAAGGGUGUCACGGUUUGUGCAAAUGUAAGAACAACGCUCAAUGUUCGCCUGUUAAUGGCACGUGUUUGUGUCCUCCCGGGUUCACUGGGGAUGAUUGUGGCCAAACUUGUCCCGAUAAUACCUUCGGAGAGGAUUGUUCACAGAAAUGCGAUUGUAAAAAUGGAGCAACCUGUUCGAGCGAGACAGGACAGUGUCAGUGUACCGCUGGUUGGGAAGGUCAGCAGUGUGAUCGACCCUGCAGUAACUAUUCCUACGGUAUACAAUGUACUAAACAGUGUGCUUGCAAAAAUGGAGCUUCAUGUAAUCCCCAAAAUGGAACUUGUACCUGUGGAGCAGGAUUUACUGGUCAGUUUUGCGAAAAUAAAUGCGAGUCGGGAUUUUUUGGCGUUAACUGCGAACAAAGGUGCCAAUGCGAACAAGGAAAUUACAUUGGCUGCGAUCCAGUCAGUGGCAAAUGCAUUUGUAAACCAGACUGGAAAGGUGUCCGUUGCGAAAGUCGGUGUCCGCCGGGCAAGUUCGGCCCCGAUUGCAAAGAAAUUUGCAAUUGCAAGAACAACAGCUCGUGUGACCCAGAAUCUGGGAAAUGUUACUGUGCCAGAGGGUGGCAAGGGGAAGACUGUUCCCAACCGUGUGACAAGGGUUAUUAUGGCAUCGGUUGCAAGGAAGUAUGUCCCGAAGUUAGCGAAAUAGCCAUGGGGAACAAGACAUGUGACCACAUCACUGGAGAAUACGUCUGUCCAGCUGGUUAUAUCGGGAUCACAUGCGAGCAUCCCUGUCCACUUGGGACAUUCGGCAAAAACUGCAAAAAUAACUGCUCGUGCCGAAACGGCGGUGACUGCCACCAUGUCACAGGUGAGUGCCAGUGUUUGCCGGGUUGGGUGGGCAAAAACUGCACUACACCUUGUGAACCUGGAAGAUUCGGAAUGAACUGUAGCCAACAUUGCAAGUGUUCGAAUAAGGGUCAGUGUCGCCGAAACGAUGGUGUUUGCAAAUGUCAGCCUGGAUGGACGGGAACCCAGUGCACUGAAAUUUGCCCCGAGGGAUAUUACGGGGAUCAUUGCAUGGCUCCAUGCGAAUGCAAGAACGAUAAUUUCGUCUGUCACCCAGCGAAGGGUUGCGUUUGCCGUCACGGUUUCGACGGCGACGAUUGUGACACACCCAUUCUUUUGAGUCGAGUUCACUCGACUGAAGAAAAUUCAAACAUUGGUAGUGUUAUCGCUGGUGUUAUUGUUGCCAUUAUUGCAAUAGUGGCCGCCGGCUGUAUUUUUGUAUACUACCGGAGACGCGUAUCAAAUCUCAAGACUGAAAUUGCUCAUGUACAAUAUAUAGCUGAUCCUAGCGCGUUUUCGCCGGAUCGCAAUCAUUUCGACAAUCCUGUCUAUUCGUAUCAAGGUGGUGCCAAACGAGACAACGAACAUCUCUUGAACAAUUCCAAAACAAUACGUAACAAUUUGCACAAACCGACGAAUACGAAUUUGGAACGAGCCAGAUUAGGGGUGGCUUGUUGCUCGACUGACGAUGAUGACUUGAAGGGUAGUUACUGUUCGGAUGAAUUACAGUCGCUGAAAAACAGAGAGGCUGAUGCUACGAAUCCGAAUAUUUAUCACAGUAUUGACAAAAUCGAUCAUGUUUAUGACGAAAUCAAACAGAAGGAUGUUAAAGAUAUAGGUAUUUCCGUUUGGAAAUAAUUCCAUAGUUGGAGUAUGAUCACUUAGAUUAUACAAGGCCGGUAACUACGUUAAAACCUCAUUAUCAGAGGAUGGCGAGUCCGUUUGGGUCGAGAGACUUGACGAAAGGUGAUAAAUCGGAGACUGAAUGAAGAUAUUGAGAUGACAUAUUUGUAUAUUAAUGUGUGUGUUCGUUUUUAACAUUUAAAAUGCUCAUUAACGGUAAUAGAUGUAGAUCUCCCAUUAAGCAUUUACUUUUAACUCAUGUCAUUUUAUAUAUGCAAGCGAUAACGUACUAUUUUAUGUAUAGUAUGUGUAAUUUUCUUAGGAGAUAUUCUCUAAUUGAUAAGUAAUAUUUUAAGUGAGUGUAUGUUUAUUAUGUUUUAUUUCGUUUUGCAAUAUGUGUAUCAGAGCAAUAAUUUUCUUAGCAUAUCAAAUAUUAAGUAAGGUGAAGAUAUGUAUAAUGUAGGAUUUAAUUUUCCAACUUAUUUUAAGUAAUGAUGUGGAUUACCCACUUUUGUCAUUUAAUGAUAUGUAUAUAUACUUUCCUUUUAAUUUAUGUAAUACCUUCUGUGAUAAGUAUAAAAUAAAUUUUAUCUUUGAACCGAG